AUGUUGGACACAUCGCCUUCGAGGAUUGCCAUCAUGAGCUAUGGCCAUCACUGGUUUACUGGGAUAAAGAAGUACCCCCGAAACUCAUCCUUCGCCCACAAAGAGAAGAAUGCUAGACACAACGCUUUCGAGGAUUGUCGUUAUGAGCUAUGUCCACCAAUGGUUUACUGGGAUAAAGAAGUACCCCCGAAACUCAUCCUUCGCCCAAGAAGAAGACAUGCAAGAGUAAACGCAUAA